UCAAGUCCUCAGGAACGGGUGGACGAGACGGACCCUAAAACCACCACAGGGCUUUGACAUCAAGUGCAUGGCCUCAAUCACCCAGACACAGACGCAUGCAUGCUCACGCAGAAUCGCGCGCAGCAGGCGGAUGCGCGCAUACACACUCUCUUCUCUCUCUCACACACACACACACACACACACACACACACACUCACACAUACACACACACACACACACACAUACUCACACACCCUUCCUGGAGGUGCUGGGAGCAGCUGCAGCAUUAGCGUUGAAAGAGAUUCGCCGUUGACUGGAGUUUGCAUCCCCCCCUGUUAAUGAAUGGAUGCUACGGCGAUCGGCUCGGGAGCUUCUUCCUUUGGAUUGCGGGGAACGGUGGAUAUCUAUUCUUGAAUUUAUUUAUUUAUUUCUAUGCUCUCCAUUUUUUUCUCCCCACCCUCUCCUGGUGUGCUGUUGUCGAAAGGACGAUGGGGUCUUGUGCUUGAUCGGAUAAAGAUGGAGGUGAACGUGGCGUCUCCGGUGCUUGGCAUACUAUUGAGGUUUCACUGCCCGUUAGGGUGAAUGGAGCUUUUAUUUCAGUUUUUUUUUUAAGUGGGCUCUUUUGUUUUCCGGGGAUCGGCCGAGCACUCCUGUGGUGAAUUGAGCUAUUGUCGAAGACUGGGCCUCUUAAGCUUUGAAUCUUUGACCAUCCAUCCAUCCCCUACCUUCCUUCCCCUGUUACUUUCUACUCAAAAGGAACAAGCGGAUCCCAAAACCUCCACUGAAAUCUCUCCUUACCGUCCUCCUUGCUUCCAAUGCCCCAUUUCCCUCAUCUCUACCCCUGCCCCCCCACCUCUCUCCUGCUCCCUCCUCCCACAUCAGAGCGGCUACGUAAUGUGCCUCCCUACGCAUGCAAAUGGGGAUGCUACAAAUGGUGGCUGGGACUGAUGCCGAUGAAAGGGUGAUGCCUCGCGCAAUCACCUGCACCUCCACCGCCGCUGCCGUCACUCCAGAUCAGCCUGGGAGAGCCCAGCAGCCGAUGACAACCACCCACAGUGCGAACACAGUCGUUUGUAGCUUGCUUGUGGAUGUAAAUGAGACGUGUGGAUGUGUGUGAAGGUGCACACUGGUUCCUGCCAUGUCUGGUGUGUGAUCGCUCUAGCGGGACGUUCUUACUGAUGCGGGGGAGGCACUGAGCCUGAGGUUGGUCGACCUCCCCCUGCACCCCCCCUUCCCACUUCCCUCCUUCCUUCCCCUCCUCCCCAUUCCUCCCCCCUCCUUAUCCCAGAAGCCCCCGGGGUUGAAGGCCACCUGGUUAAAGGGGUGACGAUGAAGAAGAACCGUAGCAGCAAUCUGCGGCGGGCCUGGCCCAGCUCGGAGCUUACCGAACGCCCGCUGGAGCACAAUCUCUCCCGUAGUGAGAAAGACAUCCGUGUGCAGAAGCAGCAUCUUCCUCCCCCUCCUCCUCCUCAUUUCUCUCCGUCCCCGCCAAGUUAUCGUGCGCCAGGUGACGUGUCUCCGAUCAGUAUGUCACCUAUCAGCCAGUCACAGUUCAUCCCGCUGGGGGAGAUCUUGUGCCUGGCCAUCUCUGCUAUGAACUCUGCCCACAAGCCUGUCAACCAGGAGGCUCUGGUGGAGCACCUCACUGCCAGCUUCCCAGGCGUGCCUACACCCAGCUCGGAGGUUCUGCGACAUACCCUGAACAUGCUGGUGCGAGAGAGGAAGAUCUAUCCAACUCCAGAGGGCUACUUCAUUGUCACUCCCCAGACCUACUUUAUCACUCCCUCCCUCAUCAGAACCAACAACAAGUGGUAUCACCUGGAUGAUCGGCUGCAAGAGCGCCAACCGCAACAGCAGCAGCAGCAGCAGCAGCAGCAACCUCAGCAAUGCACUUCGCCUCAGUCUGGCAACGUCACACCAUCCACACCUGGCUGCUUGAGAGAGAGGCCUGCACGAAAGAAUCAUAAUGACUCAUAUAAUUCCUAUCGCGAAGACCCGCCCAGACAUCACGCCUCUGCGCUCCAAAGUAAGUCACCAAAGGAGCACAGGGGAGAUUCCUAUCAAAGUAAACCGCCCAAGGACCACAAUGGUGGAGAACCUCCACCGAGCACGUCAGCCAAGGAGCACCGAGGAGAACCGCCGUCAUACCCCUAUCCCCCUCUCCCCACUUCCCCUCCUGUCCAGCAACCGCCGCCUCAAGAGCCAGCCGAUAAGAGCAAAAGCAUCACUUCUUUCCCUUAUAAAACUGACACUCUGACCAAAAAGAAAGAAGGAAGUGGUGGCAGCGGAAGUGGUGAGAAGCAGUCCAAAAGGUUUGGGCUCAGACUCUUCAGACUGAGUUUCAAGAAGGACAAAAUGAGACAGUUGGCCACCUUCUCAGCCCAGUUCCCCCCAGAGGAGUGGCCUCUUCGUGACGAGGAUGUGCCAACCACACCCAUCCCCCGAGAGGUGGAGAUGGAGAUUAUCCGCCGAAUCAACCCAGACCUAACAGUGGAGAAUGUGGCAAGGCACACCGCUGUGAUGAAGAGGCUGGAGGAAGAGCGUACGCAAAAGAACAAGGCGGGGUCUUCGGCCCAGCACAGUGCACGCAGCAGGAGGGGGAGGGGCCACAGGAGAGCGCCACAUGGUAAGUCCCGCUCACACAGCAAACCCCGAACCUCCAGGGGAGACCCGUCCGAGGGUUCAAACUGGGACCUGGUGUUCAUGGAAAGGGAUUACCGCUUCUUUAGCCACUCGUUAGUCCGCUCGCCUCGGGAGGCCAUGUACACCAUGGAGCGCAGGCGAAGUGGAGGCGCAGCGUACCUGGUCCAUAGUAACCCCAACAUUACUGAAUCGUACUGCCCUGUUACCCCUGAGUGGGAUGUGUCUGGGGAGCUAGCUAAGAGGAGAACGGAGAUGCCCUUCCCUGAGCCCUCACGUGGGACGUGCCAGUCCAGAGUGCAAAGAAGUCACAGUCACAAUCAGGACAGGAAGUCGCGGCACGAGAGGUCAGAUCAAGCUAAAGAACGCUCUCGGUCCAUGGACAACUCCCUCAAGGGCCCGACACUGGGGGCGCCAGAAGACUUUGACCCCAGUCUUGAGGAGCGUAGUCAUUACUACACUGAUGACGGCACCCUGCGGGCCACGCAGAAGUCCUCCCACUACUCAAGGAUCAUGUUCUCUGCUGCUAAGUUCCACUCUGAUUUUAAUGUGCCUGAUUUGGGGAAAGGGAGUUUGGACGAGUCAAGGAUCCGGAGUACGAUGGAGAGGAACAAAAGCAGAGACAGCUUGCCAACGUACAAUGAGCUAAUGGGACUUUCUCCUAAGCCCUCAACAGAUGAGUACUUCCAGUGCAAUACGUCAAAUGAAACAAUCCUAACUGCCCCUUCGCCUCAGGCAAAAUCAGAAUAUGACACAUUAACCUCAUCAGGGGGACUCCGAAAGGGCUCUCCGGCUGACCGCCAAACGCCUCACCUCACCUCUCCUCACACGAUGGAGUACAAAGAGGAAUUGUCGGCAGCAAAGGGACAGAACGGCUCGGUCCGACUAACGCCAAGCCAGACGCCAGAGCCGGUGCAAAAUGCCCGUUUGACGCCACACCAACACAAUGUAGAUCCUGGAGGGGGAGGAGGUGGUAUAGUGAUCAAGAGGAAAGAGAUCUUCAGCAAGGACACUUUGUUCAAACCUCCACACAAUGCCUUGUCCACAGGCUACGUGGACAGCAGCUACACCAAGUCCGGCACAUUGCGGAAAGCCUCACAUGCCAAAUCAACAGAGGCCCUUGACAAUCCUGAGCCCCAGCAGCCUUCCAAUUCAGCCACUUCCUCAGCGUCACCUGCAGUUUUACAGGGCUGCUUAGAGCCAACAGUCCCCUCAGCCUCCUUUGACUAUUAUAAUGUAUCAGAUGAUGAAGAAGAAGAAGAGGCAGAGGAGGACUCGCACAAAGAGUUGGCGACGGCAGAGGACAACAAAGACCACGGGGAAGGGGGUGGUAACGGUGGAGGCAGUGGUGGCGGCGGGGAGGGAACCAUGCAGUGGCUACUGGAGCGGGAGAAGGACCAUGAUCUGCAGCGGAAACUGGAGACCAAUCUGACCUUACUCAGCCCCAAGGAGACCGAGAACAGCAGCAGCCAGAAGUCGGCCCACUCUGCCCGUUUAGACAGCAUGGACAGCAGCAGUGUCACGGUGGACAGUGGAUUCAACUCCCCUAGGACACGUGAAAGCCUUGCAUCCAACACAUCCAGCAUUGUGGAAAGCAAUAGACGGCAGAAUCCAGCACUGAGCCCUGGCCACAUUGGCACCAGUAGUAUCGGACUGCCAUUCAGCUUUCGCGCCAUCCCGGAACCCCCCACCACGCAGCCUGAGAAACUCCAGAAGUCAUCGAACUGCCUGGCCUCCAUCACCAGCGUCUGACAGGCAGCACAGACUGAGACCAUUGAAGGUGGUGGAGGAGAGAGGACGUGAGGUGUUUCACCAUUUUGACCCUCACUUUCCUCAACCAAUACACACGCAUACACACACACACACAUCUUCAGACUCCUGAGAAUCCAUUUACUGGGACUGUUACAAAAACAGGCAUGGCUUCAAGAGACUGUUCCCACAGCUUCAAGAACUUUACUGCAAAAAAGAGAAGAAAAACAAGAGAAUAUCAAGACCACUGUAGGUGAAGAAACCUACCUGAAGUACUUUGAUUUUGGUGACAUGGACUCUAGUUUGGCUUAUAUCAAGAUUCUUGAUUAUUGGUAUUGGAAAGUAGUAGACUAUAGGAUUCAAGUUACAUUUGGAAAUAUCAAAAACUUUUUAUAUUACUUAACAAUACAUGUCCAAUUAAAUGUUCUCCUUCCUGAAAUAGCGUCGGUUCUUCAGGACGAUUCAAUGUAUCAGCACAAUGUCGAGACAAUAAACAUUGAUCCUGAGAACAACGAAUGAAAGAUAUAAAAACAUAAAUCAGCUCAGAUUUGUGUACCGCAAUGCAAAUGAUGUAUGUAUACUCGAUACUUUUGAUAUCCUAAUUAUUAUAAUGGUGGUAUUAAAGAUGCUAUGUGACCAAAAUGAGCUGCACCUCAUCCAUCACAUAUACACUACAGAACACUGAAGGUACUUCACAAAACAAUCGAUGUUCAUUUAGUAGCUGCUGUGGAGCUUUUGGUUGUAUCACAUGAUCUUCCUCAGCAGAUGGAGUUUGCUCAGUUAAAAUGUCCAUUUAUUUGAGCACUUUAACGACGUUUAUUGUCCAGGUUAGAUUCAAAGUUAAGAUUGAAACUUCAUUUUUGACCUUGGAAACAGCAGUUGACAAAAUAAUCUCACCACCACGUUCAUUUAGUAGCUGCUCUGGAGCUUUCAGUUGUAUCGCAUGAUCUUCUUCAGCAGAUUGAGUUUGCCCAGUUCAAAUUUCCAUUUAUUUGAGCACUUACAGGACUUUUUUCAUCCAUGUUAGCUGAAAGGUUGAGAUUGAAACUUCAUUCUUCACCAUGGAAACAGCAGUUAUGAAAACAAUUGUACCACAAGUUCCAUUAAGUAGCUCUUCUGGAGCUUUCAGUCAUAUGACAUGAUCCUCCUCAGCAGACUGAGUUUGCCCAGUUGUCAUGGAAUUGUAGAUAUUGUGGUGAGAUUGUUUUGUCGACUAGUGUUUCCAAGGUCAACUUUUAAUCUCAUUACAUGUACUUUUUUUAUAAAGAGGAAUUGACUUUAACAUUUUAACAGGUUCCUGGAGUCUCAAGAGUGGGAUUAUAGAAUAGUUUGGGUUUAUGUUGGUAAUUCUGACCUUUUCGCUUUUCUUUUAUUUCUGUUAUUUUUCCUUGUGUUCCAGUUUUCACCUCACUGCUUCCUGAAGGUAUACACGUGGUGCACUGUGGAAAAUGUAGGCAGAAUGACAGAUAGUGUGAAUACAGCUGCUACAAUGUCAUUAGACUCAACUGUCAUAGAUGUUAAAAUGGUCAGUUCACCCAGAUUCCAGCAUUUUCUAUUUUCAGAAGAAAUGGUUUUUCGAUUACAAAAUGUUGAUAGUGCAGUAUGUAUCAUCCAAGAGUAAGGAGGACAUUGUUUCUGGAAGUUUUUUAAAUGUUGUUUUCCAAUGCAUGUUGUUACAAACUUGGAUCAGGCUUGUAACAAGAGAUGGAGUCCACACACACACACAAAGGGUUCUAAUGCUAAUUAAGUUUAUUUCACUAAUAAGGUAGAGUGUGGGGAUAUGGAAGGAGUGAGUGGUGUAAAGCAUUUCCGGAUGAGUGGAGGUAUGUGUGUAGUGUUGUAUAUGUGGUGCAAAGCAAAAGGAACUACAGAGUUGUGGAGAACAUGAGAUGAUUUUGAGGCUGCCUGGCAAGAGUAAAUCUUCAUACGUGUACAAAUAAGACUUCAGGUACUGAUACAUAGAAGCAGGAACAGUGAUGACUUUAUAAUGAAAAGUGUUUACUGGUUGCAUGAUUUCUUCAUGAGUCACUUGCAAAAAAAAAGCUCUGCAGGGGUUCAUCAGGUUCUCUGAAUUUAAAAAAAGACAUUCUUAAAAAUACAUUUCACAUUGCUCCUGCUCCUAUAAG